AUGUCGAUGAUUCUCAUGGACACCUUCAUCAUCAUGCCUUUUGCCCUUUUAAUGGGCGCCCUCUCCGUUUUGACCAAAUUCGUAUAUGAAAUCAGCGCGAAAUUUCACGACGCCUUCAAUGACGUCCUGACCUCCUACCGGGGGAUGGCGCGGAGGUAUGAUCUCGAGAAUGAGAGGGGGGCCCUUUCAGUUCUGGCGAAUUCGUAUGAAAUCAGCGCGAAAUUUCACGACGCCUUCAAUGACGUCCUGACCUCCUACCGGGGGAUGGCGCGGAGGUACGAUCUCGACAAUGAGAGAUCCAAGGAGGGCGAGAUCUCCGCCACCCCCGAACCCAUGCCACCUUUCAUGGUCGAGGAUGACAGCCAGCUCCUGAGCGACUUCCUCCGGGGAAUGGCAGAGAGAUACGAUCUCCAAGACGGGAGUUUCAGGGAGGGCGACAGCCCCGUCACCCCAGAAGCCAUUCAGAGCCCUCAGAGCAUCCCUCGACGAUGCCACCAUUCAUUGCCGAGGACGACAGCAAGAUGUUGGUGGGAUAUUCCACGAUGCUUUUCACCAUGGACUCAUGGAGUACCAAGAGUUGGUCGCAAGCUUGGAUGGGAACUGUCCUGA